AUGGCUACUCUUAUCCCACCACCACGCCGCAAGAAGGCUAAGACUAGUCACGAGGAUAGCAGCAACACCGAAAAUUCUAUAGAAGCUCCAUCAGUCGUCGUACAGUUCACAUCUGCAGAUGAUGGAUCAAAUUUGGGACCAGCGGUGAAUCUUCCAGCUGAUACGCCCCGUGAAGCAUUAGAAGUGUUAGUUAAUCAGUUGAAGGGUAGCUCAGACGAUCCAGUACCAUUCUCAUUCCACCUCGACCUUGGGGAUGUUAACCAGAACGUAAACCCAGAGGAGCAGAAGCUACAAGUGUCUAGGUUGCCUAUUAGUAAUAAUAUACUCACAGACGCACUCUCGCAGAAGAAUAUAACGACCUUUGGCUUAUCUACAGAAGACACGUUUAAAAUAAUAUGCGAACCACAGGCUGUAUUUAGAGUCAGACCUGCCACUAGGUGUUCAUCUACGCUAUCUGGUCACUCCUCGCCGAUCCUCUGUGCAUCGUUUAGUCCAACGGGAAGAAUGCUGGCUACUGGUGGAGGAGACUGUACAGCUCGUUUGUGGGAUCUCGAUACAGAACUGCCAAAACAUACACUCGUCGGUCACCCAUCCUUUGUUCUCUGUGUUGAAUGGGAACCACGCGAACGAAUGCUAGCAUCCGGUAGCAAAGACGGUAGUUUGCGUCUCUGGGAUCCAAAGACAGGUAGUGCGAUUGGUGGUGCUCUCAAGGGACACACUAAGUGGAUAACGAGUAUAGCAUGGGAACCAACACACCUCAACGCGAAGAACCCAAGAUUUGCAACCUCAUCCAAAGAUGCAACCGUCAAGGUUUGGUCUAGCGACACUCGUAGAUUGGAGUACACUCUUGGUGGACAUACAGGUUCUGUCAAUAUCGUCAAGUGGAGCGGUGAAAAUGUCCUCUAUACCGCUAGUCAAGACCGGUCAAUAAAGGUAUGGAGCAGCGAUGGAAAGCUUAUUAGGUCAUUGAAUGAGCAUGCUCAUUGGGUCAACACUCUAGCAUUAUCGACGGAUUUCGUUCUUCGGACUGGUCCAUUCGACUGGCGGGGCUCUAAGCCAAACUCAGAUGAGGAGGCUAUGGCUAUGGCCAAAGAGAGAUAUGACAGCCUUGUAAAGAGGGCUCCAGAACUUGUUAUUAGUGGCUCAGAUGAUCACACUCUCUAUUUGUGGUCACCACUCGCACAGAAAAAGAGCAUUGCAAGAUUAACGGGACACCAGAAGCAGGUCAACCACGUUGUAUUCUCUCCAGAUUCUAGAUAUAUUGCUUCAGCUAGUUUCGACAACGGUAUCAAACUUUGGGAUGGUCGUACAGGAAAAUUCAUUGCCAGUUUAAGAGGACACGUCGCACCAGUUUAUCGUAUUGCUUGGUCAGCUGAUAGUCGUAUGCUCAUAUCAGCUUCUAAGGAUUCUACACUUAAGAUUUGGGAUCUCAAGACUAACAAGAUCAGAGUAGAUCUGCCUGGUCACACAGAUGAGGUGUAUUGCGUCGAUUUCGUUGCUGAUAAGGUUGUUUCCGGCGGCAGAGAUUGUACGGUUAAAAUAUGGAAAAAUUAAAUUAUAUAGAAGAUAUUUGUAAUGUAAUCUAAUUUACUUUCUUGCUGAGUUA